UCAAAUACAUGUAGGUUGAUAUUUUGGUGAACAAUGCAGGUCGGUCUCAGAGGGGUCUUAUUGUUGAAACAGCACUAGAGGUGGAUAGGCAAGUGUUUGACCUUGACCUACUGGCACCAAUAUCUGUUACCAAGGCAAUUCUUCCGUAUAUGAUAAAACAAGGUGGAGGUCACAUUAUGUGUACAAGUAGUGUAGCAGGAAAACUUGGUGCCCCAGGGUCAGCAAGUUACACUGCUGCUAAACAUGGAAUUCAGGGAUUUUUUGACACACUACGUAUAGAAUGUGCUCCAGACAAUAUAUCAGUAACAAUGGCAUGUCCAGGACCUGUAUUUUCUGAAGCUCUAGUACACGCCUUUACAUCAGAACCUAAUAAGAAAUUGAAUGUUGAAAUGAAGAAGUCCUGGAACAGAAUGACUGCUGAACGAUGUGCAUAUCUUAUGAGAGUGGCUGCAGCAAAUAAAUUACAUGAAGUUUGGUUGACUCCUAAUCCAGAAUUAUUUUACUGCUACCUGUUCCAGUAUGUACCAUAUUUUGCUAAAAAAAUUGCAGUAAGACUUGGUCAAGGUAGAGCCAAUAAAGUUAAAGCAGGAAUAGCUGAUUUACAUUGAAACUACAAAAACUGUUUUUAGGAUAUAUAAAUGUGAUAUUAUAUUAUAGGCUGUGAUAUGCUGCAUGUCAUAAAUGUGUUCCUUAAUUGAUACCAGAUGUGAUUUUUGUGUUCUGUAUGGAAUCUAUGUACCAUGCUAAUUAGUCUGAUUAAAAGUGUAUAAAGCUAUAUAUAUAUCUGCUGUUAAAUUAUUGUUUGAAUUUUAAAGAAUACUUCUUCCAAGAUGCUUGUAUGAAAGCUAUUAUGUAGUAAAUUGCCUUUAAAGGAAACUACACAUGCACAAAAUUAUUGCUAAACAGUUAAAAAUUCUAAUAGAAAUAGCAGAAUAUUUUGUUCCAGACAUGACCAUUUUGUUCUUUUUAUGUAAUUGUUCAUGUUGGUUAAAUAACUGAGACAUUCUAUGUUCCAACUCCCACAAGAAUCAAUCAUGAGAUUAUGGAACCAAUAAACAGUUUGUAACUUUUAAAAAUAUUUCAUAAGAUGUAGCUUUAGUCCCUUUAAAAAUUUGAAAUUACUGACUUUAGUAGUUUUUCUAUGCAUACACAUUAUUAUCUAUAGUAUGGUGACUUAGAAGGGGUGUACUUGUUCAUUUUGUUUAUAAGUGAUUAAAAUCAGGUCAUAAAAUAGUAGCACAAUCUGUGAUAUUUCAUAGAAGAAUUUAUCUGGUAGUAUUUACAUAAUAUGGCAAUAUUAUACAUGUAUAUAAAAAGAGAUUAAAAUAAAUUAAUGAAGUGCAACUGUAAUUUUUUCCG